CUGUCGCAUUGUCCCGUGACCUUACACACCCACGCACACGCACACCAUGUCCUCGCGCUUGGCCCUGCUGGAGAGGUUCGUAGAAGAUGAGUGCAUUCCGGCUGAGCCCGUAUUCACGCAGGAGAUGGCAGAAAUCGAGGCGAGGACGGGAACUCGGUGGGAGGAAGUCCCGGCGGUGUUGUCGAGACUCAAGGCAAAGGCUCGAUCUCUCGGCUUGUGGAACCUCUUCAUGCCCAAGGGGCACGAAGGGAGCGCGAAUGUGCCGAUGCAGGAAUACGCACAAAUGAGCGAGCUGAUGGGACGCUCGUCUAUCGCUCCUGAGGCGUGCAACUGCUCCGCACCCGACACCGGCAACAUGGAGGUGUUCGCCAACUAUGGCAGUCCCGAGCACAAGGCGACCUGGCUGACACCACUGCUUGAAGGCAAGAUUCGAAGCGCGUUCCUGAUGACCGAGCCUGCGGUUGCAAGCUCAGACGCCACCAACAUUGCCUGCGAUGUGCACAGAGAGGGUGACAUGUACGUGAUCAACGGCCGCAAGUGGUGGAGCUCUGGAGCGAUGGACCCACGAUGCAAGGUUGCUAUCGUCAUGUGCCGCCACGGGGGCGCUGAGUGGGAUGCGAAGGGGUCCCAUGGCCGGCACAGCAUGGUGGUGGUUCCGAUCGAUGCGCCUGGCGUGACGAUGGUCCGAGCUCUCAAGGUCUUCGGGUACGACGAUGCUCCGCACGGUCAUGCCGAAGUCGAGCUCAGGAAUGUUCGUGUCCCACUAUCCAGCAUCCUGCUGGGCGAAGGGAGGGGCUUCGAGAUUGCUCAGGGAAGGCUCGGGCCCGGAAGGGUGCACCACUGCAUGCGUGCGGUGGGGAUGGCGGAACGCGCCUUGGCAGCCCAUGUUCAGCGCUCUCGGGACCGUGUCGCGUUCGGCAAGGCGCUUAGCGAAGACAGCCUCGUGAGACAUCAUGUGGCACAGAGCCGGAUGGAGAUCGACCAGUCUCGACUUCUCGUCCAGGACUGCGCUGCGAAACUCGAGGCGUUUGGUCUACAAGGAGCCAUCCAGGAAGUUUCGAUGAUCAAGGUGGUGGUGCCGAACAUGGCAUGCCGAGUUAUUGAUCGCGCAAUCCAGAUGCAAGGCGGCUUGGGGGUGUGCCAAGACACGUUCUUGUCGGAAGCUUAUGCCCACAUGCGUACUUUGCGGAUCGCCGAUGGGCCCGACGAAGUGCACACACGCAGCGUUGCCAAGUACGAAUAUCGGCGAGCCGCAGGGAUGGCACUGUCAUCUCGCCUUUGA